AUGACUCCGGAAAAUGGUGUGAUUCCAAACAAGGGCUCUGCUUUAGAUAAUGAUUUUUGGUCCCUUGUUCCUUCGAAGGUCUCUCCGGAGAUGAAUUCUGACCUUCUUAGUGCAGGAACUGAAGAUGAGAUCCUUUCAGCAAUUAAAUCAAUGGGUCCCUUCAAAGCUCCUGGCCCAGAUGGUCGGCUUCUUCAUGAUAAUGCUAUGUUGGCUUAUGAACUCCUCUAUGCCAUGAAGACCAAGCCGCGGUUAGGCCACCUUGCCUUUAAACUUGACAUGUCCAAAGCUUUUGAUAGAGUGGAAUGGAGUUUUUUGAAACGCCUCUUUUUGCAUCUCGGAUUUGCAGAGCAAUGGGUUCAAAUCAUAAUGGAAUUUUUAUCAACAGUGUCGUACUCUCUGGUGAUUAACGGGGAAAGUGAUGCGGAGAGAAAUCAUCACAUUCAGGGUGUGUCGAUCGGUAGAGGUUAUGAUCCAAUCAACCACCUGUUCUUUGCUGACGACGCUCUGCUUUUCUGUAAGGCAAACAUUUCCCAAGCGCUGCAUCUGAAAACCAUCAUCUCUAAAUAUGGUUCUCUCAUUGGACAAGUUGUAAAUUUUGACAAAUCCAGCUUGUUUUUCAGCUCACAUAUAAGCAUCGAGCUUAGAGAUCAACUUAGAAGAGCUCUUGAUAUCCUUAAUGUUGACUGGAUCAAUCGAUACCUAGGCUUACCUUCUGUUUUGGGUAGAUCCAAAAAAUCCACUUUCAGCUAUCUGGUCAACCAAACUUCCUUUCGAAUUAAGACUCUCAAAGGCGAAUUCUUGUCCAAGGCUGGCCGUGAGAAUGGGGGCUUGGGUUUUCGAGACCUGGAGGCUUUUAACAUUGCUCUUCUUGCCAAAGUAGCAUGGAAAUUCAAAGUCGGAAAUGACUCUAUGCUUUUUAGAAUUUUCAAGCAGCGCUACUUUCGGAAUUGCAGUUUCCUCGGUUCUUCAUGUUCUCCGGGGCACUCUUGGGUAUGGAGAAUCGUCAGUGCGACUAAAGAGAUCAUCUUGAAAGGCCUUAAAUGGAGAAUUGGUGAUGGUAAAUCGAUUAAUUGCUGGAAUGCUCCUUGGCUCUCGGGAAAUUCCAGCUUCAAGGUUACUUCAGCUUUCGUUGGUGGUAAUGUUCAUACGGUUGCCGAUCUCAUCAACCACCAAAGUCGAUCUUGGAAGACUUCUGUGGUGCUCAACUCUUUUAAUCCUAAAGAUAGUGCUCGUAUCCUUCAGAUUUCCCUAAGCUCUCUGAACAGACCUGAUUCUAAGAUUUGGGGUCUCACUCCUAAUGGCCAGUUCACUGUUAAAUCAGCAUGCAACGCUGCUCUUUCCAUUAUCAAUCCCACCCCGAGUCAUCAAGGCAUUGGUUGCAGCUAUGAAACGGAUCUUAAGCUCAUUUGGAAGAAUGAUAGCCUUUUGGAUUUCCAUGUUCCAAUUUCCCAUCCUCUGUCUUCACAUUGGAUUCCUCCCCCACAAUCAUCCAUCAAAUUAAAUUUUGAUGCCUCUUUUGACGCUUCUACUAACAGAGCAGGUGGGGGAUUUAUUCUCAGAAAUCAUGAAGUCUAUCUUCUUCGAUCUUUUGGCCUUGUGUUUCAGAAUGUCCCUUCCGCAAUCGUUGCCGAAGCCCACUCUUUUCGAGUUGCAGUCCAAACUUGCAUUGAUUUGGGGCUCCCUAAUGUUCUCAUUGAAGGAGAUUGCCAACCCAUUAUGCAUCUUCAGUUUAUUGAUGAAGCUAUUUCAAACAUCAUUUUGGAUGUGCAACAUCUGGUUCAGAUAGGCGCUGACCUAUCCCUCCACUGGACCCCGAUAUCCGGUAACCAAGAGGCGCACGAAGUGUGUAGAUUUGCUCUUAACUUUGUUCUUUCUUCUUCUGUCACUGAUUUGGGGCCUUUUUUACCCUCGAGUGUAAGGGACGCCCUUUUCCGUGAAUGUUCUUUUGUUUCUUAG